AUGCCACUGCGAAAAAAUGCGAAUUUUAUCCUAAUAUUUUUCGCUAUUCCUACUAUUCUUUGCCAAAAAGAUGUUCUCGAAAUUCGAACCACUUAUCAAGCUGAAGAUAUUGGCCUUCUCACUGAUCAACAUCCUCAAUGUCAAGCGUGGAAAUUGUUUGAGAAAACGCAAGUUUCUCGAGUUAGCCUAACUGUGCAGGAUGUGAAAAAUCUUGCGCUUCGCAGGGAUGAGGUUUAUAUUCGCGAUGAGAAGGAGGCUGAUAAAUAUCUAGUUCCUAGAGAUCUUCUAGCAAACUACACGGUGUGUGAGGCUUAUCAAGAUCUAAACAUUUUUGUGAAAAAUUUUUCAGAUUAUUCGUGUAAACUUCAGAAAUAUUUGUCGACUUCUACCGAGAGUUUUACAAAUCUCAUCACCCCUUGCUGCUCAAAAAAGUCGAAUCAAUCUUGGUGCAUUUUGUCAGAACUUUAAUUACACAAUGAUAGAUCCGGAACUCGAAAAACUUGAGAUCAAUAUCACAAAUCUAGAGGACGCACAAAGUUUUUCAAUAGGAAUGCCACCGCAUCUACUCCAGGAUCAUCUUUCGAUCACGAUAACAAUGCCUGGGGCAUGUGAUGCUAGUGGAAAUGAUGAGAAUGAGAUUGCUAUGCAAUACUAUAUAGAGAAAUAUGGGGAUUUCUCGUUUGAUAUUUCUCGACUAAAUGUUCCUGUUGACAAAUUGCAUGAAACUGUUCACGAUAUGAAGGCGCUGGAUCAAAUUAUGCGGUUAGCCUAACUUCAAAACAUUUUCUAGGUUAAAAAAUAUUUUCAGACCAUCCGGUGAGAUAAGUUUCCAACGUCCACUACCCUCCUCAACAAUCCUACCAUUUUUAAAACGUGUAAACUACGACGCACAUCAGCCACCAAAUUUACAUUUGGAUGAUGUGGUUACAGUCAAAGUUGGAUUAUGGAUACAGUUUAUGAGCAAUUUUGAGCUCUCGACGAUGGUGAGUUUUUUUUGAGACGCUUAAAAAAUAAAAUAAAAAGUGUGGGAAUGGGGGAUCGAACCUGGGUCAAAAUAAUGACAACCUAUCCUCUUAUCCACUCGGACACGCGCGCUAGUUUUUCCGUGCGUCGAAUUUCGAUGAAAAGAUAACGCCAGUGCUAAAAAAGCUGGCCUAUUUUUCCCGAGUUUUAUAGGAUUACGACAUUGACACGUGGAUUCGAAUGGCUUGGGUCGACCCGCGCCUCCGACACGAUUUAUCGCGCCCCAUCAUGGUCAACGACUACAAGUUUUUGCGAAUGAUCUGGCGACCAGAUCCGAUCUUCAAAAAUUCAAAGCACAGCACCUUCCACAAAGUGUCCUAUCUCAAUUUCUACAUGUUCAUUUUUCCCGAUGGAAAAGUUUUUAUGGAUGUUCGAGUGUUCCUAAAACCCACCGCCGCCACAAUUGUUCUCUGCAAAUAUCCGCACGAUAACCCGGCAGUGUCGCUGAAGAUCAGUUCGAUGGGCUUCACUGACAAUGUGAUACGAUUCGAGUGGUUCAACGAUUUGGAUGACGCUAUUAAAGUCGAGAAAAGUCUACGGAUCCCCGAAUUAUCCAUACGCCACGUGUCACCAGAAACCUGCAAUGGCUCCCGGAAAUCUGGCUCUUUCUCCUGCCUGGAAGCCAAAUUUUUCAUGCAUCGUGAAGUUGGCUAUCACAUCGCGAAUACCUAUGUUCCCACUACACUGUGUGUGAUCUUCUCGUGGAUUGCGGUUUGGCUUCCAGAAGAGUUUGUGGAGGGUAGGUUCAUAUCCCUUUUUCGUCUCGUGUCUCUUCUUCACCCACACUGUCUCGUUUUCUCUCACGUGAGAGAAAACGAGAACAGCAGAUACGCGAGACGAAAAAGGGAUAUUAACAGACUCCGCCCACUUUUUAAUUUCAGGUCGAAUUUUUGUGUCGCUCACUGUCUUCCUAACCCUCUCCGCUGAAAACAGUUCCGCCAAAGACGAACUUCCAAAAGUCUCCUACGUAAAAUCAAUCGAUAUCUGGUUCGGCUUCACUUCAAUCUUCGUAUUCCUCACAAUGAUCCAAUCUCUAGUGGUAAUCUAUUUAGGACAACUCAGCAAAAAUCAACGAAAGAAACUCGAGAAAAAUCUGGAUUGCUAUGGAAAAUAUCAAAUUACCAAAACAUUGUUGCGCAGCAGGUUUUACCAUAAGUUAUCAAUGCAAAUAGAUUCAUUUUGUAAAGUUAUGUAUCCUGUGGUUUUUAUUAUUUUUUUGACGUUUUAUUCAUUUGUUAUUACGCAAGGCGAGGAAGAUAAGUGUAUACAAUGA